AUGGACUCCUCCGAGGAACCCCCGCUUUUGCAGCCUGCUUUCUCUUCGGAUAAUUUGGGGUUAGCUUCAGGAUCGGGUUCUUCGAAGGAUGCUGAUGUGCCUGCUGUGAGUUCCGAGCAAGCCGUGUGCGACUCUCCAAAGAGUAUGGGCUGGAGCCUCCCAGCUCAGAUCGAUAAAGAGCCGAGCUCCUCUGCAUUGGACGACCCGUCUGGUGGGGAGCUGGAAUUUGGCAGGCAAGGUCAGGUUUUUGAAGCGGACUGUGAACGCGAGUGGACAAGCGACGUUUGGGACGACCGCGAAGAGAUUGCUUACUACCGUGGGUUUGAUGAGGGGUCUGGUUCAGAUCCUAGAAUCUUUGGAGGAGUUGAUGCAGAGGAUGAUGGUUUUGAUGAGGCAUUACAAAGGCUCAUAGGGAGGGAUUUUGAACCGUCCGAGCUUGGUGUCCAAUUGCAUGCCAGCGACCCCGAGGCCCGCAUUGAUGAUUCUGUUGCGGACCCGGUUUUUGUGCAGGAGCGGAUGCUGGACGAACUAGUUAGAUACCCAGCGCCGCCAGCAGGUUUCAAGCUUCCAUGGGAGCGAGGUCCUAUGAAAAGCAUUUUCAGCGAGCACCUUCCUCAGCUGCCGAGUCUUGGAGGGAUGCCCAGGCGAUGCAUGCCAGACCCCUUGCCGUUGGUUGCUGCAUCCAGUGCUGUGAAAGCAUCCAAGCCAGCGUCAACUUCGGAGCCAAUUUUCAAAUUGGUAGUGAAAGCUGUCAAAGACGUGGGUUUCAUUGAACGCCGUGAGGAAAUGCUUCAGGUUUCGGUGCAUAGGCUUGCCAUUAGCCUGGAGUUGGUCGGUAAUGCUUCGGUGCCGCCGGAACUGCUACACCAAGGCAGGGUUGAUGCAGAGUCGCUCGAAGCCGCCCUAGGUGUGAGAAGCCCGCUCACGAUUACCAAGCGCGCGAACAACCUUGCUAGUUACAUCAAGUGGUGCACGGGCGAGAAAGUGAUGGGUGGCUGUUUCUUUCGGGAGGCAACCGUUUGGGAAUAUCUCUGUCAGUCUCGAGGUGCCGACUGCGUUUCCAUGUUGAGGUUCCUGCACUAUGUUCUCGGCCUCGACCUUGCACCAAUACUUAAAAGUCGACGCAUUAGCGGAAUCACAGAGCAGAUGCGAACAGGCAAGGGUUGGAUAAAGCAAGCAGCGCCGAUCUCCCUGAGCGAAAUUCUUUUCCUUCACCAGUUGCUAGAAGAACAAAGGUUGCACAAGUACGAUCUUGCAAUGGUUUCUUAUGUGCUCAUUGCUUUGUAUGCCCGUGCCCGCCACAGUGACUUAGCUGACGUGCAGAACGUCAACCACGACCACUCACCGGCAGGUGGGUUUCUGAUCAUUGAGUUGGGUCAGCACAAGACGCGAAGGGCCCAAGCGAGGUGCCGAGAGCUGCUCCCGGUGCUCAUACCGGCCAUCGGGGUGCAUGGGAAGUCUUGGUUGGGUUUAGCGCAGGAGUGCCUUGAGAAUGCAGGUUUAAGCCUAGAAGGCGAGCUGAAGGGUCCCAUCUUGAGGGCGCCUGCUAAUUCUUAUGGGGAUUCCUUGUGUUCGCGCGAAGUCCGAUCGAACGAGAUCACCUCGUUUCUUCGGAAGGUCCUCCAGCCAGUGUCAUCUAAGGAUCGCCUUGCUUGCGUGUCAUCACACUCGCUCAAAAGGACACUGCUGUCCUGGGCAGCGAAAUUUGGACUGAGCGAUGAUACUUGCUCAGUGUUGGGCCGGCACACUUCGGCUACUGUAAGCUCGAGGGCUCUGUAUGCGUUGGACCUUGCAACCGCACCGGCUCGUGAGUUGCAACGCAUGAUCUUGGAGGUUGCCGCAAAACGCUUUGUGCCUGAUGCGGCGCGCUCGGAAUACUUCCCUCUGAGGCCAGGUCCGUCUGAGCCGUGUGCGCCAACCCUUCACAAGCAAGACCAGACACUGAAGGGUGCAGGAGUACAGGUGAAGACCGAGGAUGCACUGGCUCCCGAGCCUAGUGAUUUGCCCGCAGGCCCCAUCCUUGUAGAUUCUGAGUCGGAUUCAUCUUCGAGCGAGAGCUCUGACAGCGGGUCCAGUGAGGACGAAAGCGAAUCCUCGAAAGAGCCGAGCAAGGUUCCGAGGUUGGAGGUUGAUUGGCCGCGCGAGCAAAUCGCCCUGCAUGUGAAGUCGCGUAUCGCCCACAGGAUUGUCUUCACCUCGGAGGGAGGCACCAUGGUGUUCUCCUGCGGGAGAUCGGGGGCCAAGAACUUUAAGAAGCUCGAAGGGUCUCGAGCGGCUUUGGCAUUUUGCCAGACAUGUCGGAAAGCCGACAGGUAA